CUCACUUCCGACGGCGCCGCAGCCUCCCCAACGCGGUCGGGCCGAGAAGAGCGAGCGGGCCUCGCCGCCCCGUGCUGCGCCCCACCGCCCAGCCCAGGCCGCGGACAUGAGUGAGGCAGAAGUGAAUCCCAAAGCUUACCCGCUGGCUGAUGCUCAGCUCACCAAAACGCUACUGGAUCUUGUACAGCAAUCCUGUAACUAUAAGCAGCUCCGCAAGGGAGCCAAUGAAGCCACCAAGACGCUGAACCGAGGGAUAGCGGAGUUCAUUGUGAUGGCAGCAGACGCAGAGCCCUUGGAGAUCAUCCUGCACCUCCCUCUCCUCUGCGAGGACAAGAACGUACCAUAUGUGUUUGUGCGCUCCAAGCAAGCCCUGGGCCGGGCGUGCGGUGUUUCCCGGCCCGUCAUCGCCUGCUCCAUCACCAUCAAGGAGGGAUCACAGCUAAAGCCUCAGAUCCAGUCUGUCCAGCAAGCUAUAGAAAGACUGUUGGUCUAAAUGCCUGUGAGUUUUAAGUGUGCGUGGAAUAGGAAAGCUGAAGUCUAGGGAGGAAAUAAUGUCUAGCUUCGGUUGAGAUCCUAGUUUUGAUAUAUCGGUGUUUCACUUGAAAACACCGUACUCUUGUUUAAUAAUGGCUUAAUUCUUACUGUUUUUGCCUUUCCUCCCUCUACUUUUCUAUUAUUCUGCUCCCAACACGUUCAUUCCCAUUGUAUUACUUCUUGAAAAGUGAUUGUACAACGGUGUUUCCCGUUUGAUGUUUAAAAGAAAGGAAAAAAAGAAAUCCCCCUUCUUUUAUCUCCAUCGUUGCCUGCUCAGGGCUUUUUUUUUUAACCCAUCCAGGAGCUUCCUCUGCGUUGCAGCAUUUCUGCUCAGCUUCAGCCUCGCACAGGCGUGAUUAACCCCGUGUUUCUGGACGGUUCAGCCUCCUGAGGAUAAGGCGUGUUGGGUUCCCCGCGCAGUGGGUGCAUCCAGACUGCCGGGGUUGCUGCUGGAAGUGAUGGAGCAGCAUAGACAGGCUGCAACAGGCAGGCAGCAGCGGACAGAGCCCACGUCAGCACAUGUAGCGCAACUCUUCUUGAAACCAGAUGAGAGACUUGUGUAGGAGGUGAAGGGGGAGCAGAAAUCUCGCAGCAGGGCGCACCAGGGGAAGUCUCUUACAUUGCUUGUUCUUAAAUACUGACUUUUUAAGAAAAAUAAAGUUGCUGACAAAGCUAAAAUACCAUUGUCAUUCCCUCAGGGAAGCAUUUGCCACACUAACUGAAGUGUUUCUGUCUGAGAAGCUCAUUCGCUUAGAGAUUGCCUAAAGGCUGCUGCAGUGCCGUAGUUCAGAGUCCUUCGGUUCUCUUUGCACGGACUGUGUCUGUGAGCUUGGGCUUCUUAGGGAAUUCUAGUACAAAACAAAAGGUAGAGAGCAGCAUGCUGGGGCUGGCAAGUACCACACAGCUGAACUAGAAUUGUAGAUAGUUAUCUCAUGCUUUUAGGGAAGCUGCUGUACUAUAGUCACCUGACUGAAGAUGAAACUUUUUAAGUCACAGCCAAGAAACCAGAAAGCAAGUAAUUUUUCAGUUAAAUCAACCCAUAGCCCAAGAAGAAAAAGUGAUAGUCUCAUGUUCUGGAGAAGUGUGAAGCGCCACCAACCUUCUGGAUUAGUGGUGGUUUUUCUGGAGGUAGCUUUAGUUAAAUGCAAAUGUGUAAUAAAUCCACUCACUACUCUGAGUAGAAGAGUCCAAAAGUGUGUUUGAGGAAUGAGUCAUGUCUUCUAUUGCAGUAUGCCAAAGCAAAGCUAGCAUGGAAAGACCAACAGCAGAAGGGAAAAUGAGUUCUGUAAGGUUUCCACAUCAUACCUUUACUAAGUACACCCCAAGCAGAUUAAAUAUAUGUUUAGAUGACGUUUAGAAAUGCUGCUGUUCCCUUCUCCUGAUGCUGACUGUUGAGCUAGUUGUUUAAACAAACGUUGCAAAGGAUUUGCCCUUCUGUACCAUGCCAAGGCAGCUGAUAUAAGACAAAGCACAUAAGGACCAGAAAUAAAAGGUUCUUGAGCAAGCAAAA